CCCCAGUGAAUACCUGCAGCCAGCUGCCUCCACUGCCCAGGACUCCCAACCCUCUCCCCUCGCCCUCCUCGCAGCCACAUGUAGCAAAAUUGGUCCCCCUGCCGUGGAAGCCGCCGUGACUCCUCCUGCCCCUCCUCAGCCCACGCCUCGCAAGCUCGUCCCCAUCAAACCCGCUCCUCUCCCCCUGGGCGCCGGGAAGAACAGCUUGGGGAUCCUGUCCUCGAAAGGGAACCUCUUCCAGAUCCAGGGCUCUCAGGUGGGCACCUCCUACCCCGGGGGGCAGCUGUUUUUUGCCAUCCAGAACCCCACGGUGAUCAACAAGGGCACCCGCUCCUCCGCCAACAUCCAGUACCAGGCGGUGCCCCAGCUCCAGACCGGGGGGGGACAGACCAUCCAGGUCCAACCCAACCUCACCACCAACCAGAUCCAGAUUAUUCCGGGCACGAAUCAAGCCAUCCUCACCCCUUCCUCUUCCUCUCACAAACCCGUGCCCAUCAAACCAGCUCCGGUUCAGAAGGGUGGAGCUUCUCCAGCCCAAGCCACAGGCAACGUGGUCAAGCUGGCCGGGGGUGGCAACCUGGCUGGGGGUGGCAACGUGACUCUCACCCUGCCCGUCAACAACCUGGUGAACGAGCCGGGUGCUCAGGCUCAGAUCCUGGCAGAGAGCCCUUCAAAACCCAGCAGAAAGACUCGGAAGAAAACCACCUCCCCCAGCCAGGCUGCUGCCGUGGCCGUGGCCGAGCAGGUGGAGACGGUUUUGAUCGAGACCACGGCGGAGAACAUCAUCCAGGCGGGCAGCAACCUGCUCAUCGUGCAGAGCCCGGGCUCCGGCCAGCCAGCCAUGGUCCAGCAGGUCCAGGUGGUGCAGCCCAAGCAGGAGCCUCAGGUGGUGCAGAUCCCACAGCAAGCCCUGCGUGUGGUCCAGGCCGCCUCCGCCACGCUCCCCACCGUCCCCCAAAAAUCCUCCCAGAACUUCCAGAUCCAGACGCCGGAACCCGUCCCUACCCAG